GGAAGUAAUGACGUCAUGAAUGAAAGGUAGUAGACAACUCUGAAAUUUGUGUCCCAAAAGAAAAUUACAAACUGCAAGAAAUAUUCCACAGAAAAGUGAAUGGAAGUUAAAAAGUAAAAUAAAAACAAGCAAUUAAAGUGGUUCAAAUUUGAGUUAUUUCGUUUUCGUCAUUUUAUGAAGGUAUAUCUUUGAACGUAACAAAAUGUCAGAUUUUGGUCCUAUAACCCUCAAAUGGGAUCCAAAAAACUUGGAAAUACGUACAAUGUCUGUAGAGAAGACAUUGGAACCUUUAGUACUUCAAGUGACAACUUUAGUCAAUACUAAAGGACCAAGUAAGAAAAAGAAAGGAAAGUCUAAACGAGCUAGUGCGUUAGUUGGUACUGUUGAAAAAGCAACAGCCAAUUUUAUUGAAAAAGGUGAGCAAAUAGCUUAUGAAAAUCCAGAUAUUACAGCAGAAAUGCUCUGUGCUGUUGAAGAAGUCAAAAAAACUGGGGCUGCUAUGAGUAUUGCAGCAAGAGAAUUCUCAGAAGAUCCCUGUUCUUCCCUUAAACGUGGAAAUAUGGUCCGAGCAGCUAGAAAUCUCUUAUCAGCAGUAACUCGAUUAUUGAUCUUAGCGGAUAUGGUUGAUGUUCACCUCCUUCUAAAAUCACUGCACGUCGUUGAAGACGAUUUAAAGAAGCUUAAAAAUGCAUCAUCUCAAGGCGAACUACUGGAGAAUAUUAAACAGUUUGGUAGAAAUGCUUCAGAAUUGAUGAAUCAAGCAGCUAAGCGUCAACAAGAAUUAAAAGAUCCUCAACUUCGCGAUGACCUCGCUGCAGCUCGUGCUGUCUUGAAAAAACACUCAACAAUGUUAUUGACAGCGUCAAAGGUUUACGUUCGCCAUCCAGAAUUAGCAGCUGCUAAAGCUAAUCGUGACUAUGUUUUAAAGCAAGUGUGUGAAGCUGUAAAUACAAUUAACGAUGUAGCACAGGGUAAAGUUCCUUCUGAUAGUCAGCAUCCUUACGAUGGUCCUGGAGAAUUGGCUGCUGCUUUAGAUGACUUUGAUGAACGCAUGGUUAUGUCUCCACUUGCUUAUAAUGAAGUCUGUACAAGACCAAGUUUAGAAGAACGUCUUGAAAGUAUCAUUAGUGGGGCUGCGCUUAUGGCAGACUCCUCAUGUACUCGAGAUGAGCAUCGUGAACGAAUCGUCGCUGAAUGCAAUGCCGUUAGACAAGCUCUGCAAGAUUUAUUAAGUGAAUAUAUGAAUAAUAUGGGUGUCAAAGAGCAAUCUGAAGGCUUAGAACGUGCAAUUGAUCACAUGUGUAGGAAAACUCGAGAUCUUCGUCGUCAGCUCCGCAAAGCAGUGGUAGAUCAUGUUUCAGACAGUUUCCUUGAAACCAACGUACCACUUUUAGUUCUCAUUGAAGCUGCACGCAAUGGAAGAGAUAAAGAAGUCGAAGAGUACGCUUUAGUUUUUACAGAACAUGCUAAUAAACUUGUAGAAGUCGCUAAUUUAGUCUGCAGUAUGUCCCCGAAUGAAGACGGAGUCAAAAUGGUUCGAUAUGCUGCUGCACAGAUUGAAAAUCUUUGUCCACAAGUAAUCAAUGCUGCUAGAGUUCUUGCAGCACGACCAAGAUCCAAGGUAGCUUUAGAUAAUAUGGAAGUUUUCCGUCAAGCUUGGGAAAAUCAAGUUCGUGUUCUAACUGAAGCUGUCGAUGAUAUCACGACAAUUGAUGAUUUUCUGGCUGUUUCUGAGAAUCAUAUACUCGAAGAUGUCAAUAAAUGUCUCCUUGCUCUUCAAAAAGGUGAUGCAGAUACUCUAGAUAGGACUGCUGGAGCUAUUCGUGGACGCUCUGCAAGGGUUUGUAAUGUAGUACAAGCAGAAAUGGAUAAUUAUGAGCCGUGUAUCUAUACCAAGCGAGUUUUAGAAGCAGUUAAAGUACUUAGAGACCAAGUAAUGCCCAAAUUUGCUCAAAGAGUUGAAGUUGCUGUAGAUGCAUUGAGCAGUAACCCUGCUAAAGAUGUUGAUGAGAACGACUUUAUUGAUGCUUCAAGACUUGUUCACGAUGGAGUACGAGAGAUUAGACGGGCAGUUUUGAUGAAUCGUGCUGAUGAAGAUUUAGAUCCUGAAGAUGUUGAACUUGAUGAACAUUAUACUCUGGAAACUCGAAGUAAAUCAAGCGCACAAACCGGAGAACAUGGAGUUGAUGAGUAUCCAGAGAUUAGUGGCAUUACGACAGCUCGAGAAGCUAUGAGGAAAAUGCCUGAAGAAGAUAAACAGAAGAUUCUUCAACAAGUUGAGUACUUUAGAAGUGAAAAAUUGAAAUUUGACAAAGAAGUAGCUAAAUGGGACGAUGCAGGAAACGAUAUCAUUGUUCUUGCGAAACACAUGUGUAUGAUUAUGAUGGAGAUGACAGAUUUUACCCGUGGGCGCGGGCCUUUAAAGACGACAAUGGAUGUCAUCACUGCAGCUAAAAAAAUUUCUGAAGCUGGAACAAAACUUGAUAAAUUAACAAGACAAAUUGCUGAUCAGUGUCCUGAAAGCUCUACGAAGAAAGAUCUUCUUGCUUACUUGCAAAGAAUCGCUCUUUAUUGUCACCAAAUGAAUAUCACUAGCAAAGUGAAGGCUGAUGUACAGAAUAUCAGUGGAGAGCUUAUUGUUUCGGGGUUAGAUAGUGCAACAUCACUUAUUCAGGCCGCGAAGAAUCUGAUGAAUGCAGUAGUUUUGACUGUUAAAGCUUCCUAUGUAGCUUCUACUAAAUAUCCUAGGCAAUCUACGGUGACUCAAUCUCCUAUCGUUGUAUGGAAAAUGAAGGCACCGGAGAAGAAACCACUCGUGCGUCCAGAGCGACCGGAAGAAGUUCGAGCAAAAGUUAGGAAAGGUUCACAGAAAAAGGUUCAAAAUCCAAUUCACGCUUUGUCAGAAUUCCAAAGUCCUACAGAAAGUGUAUAAGAAAAGAAAUUUAGUAAAUAAUAAACAAGUAAAGAAUUAAUUAAA